CAGAAGCUCCAAACAGAAAUAGAGAGAGCAUCAGAAUGAAUGAGGAACCUCAGUAGUAGCCUACAACAAGCCUCGAUUUAUUUGUUUUUUAUAUAUUUGUGGACAUUUCUGAAUGCACCGAGUCUGCAUUUUCGCAACAGGCCAACACGUAUGCAAGCGGGGCACCAACAAGCCCUGCUACAAAAUGGGCUACUUCGAGGAUAGCUGGCGUAAGGUAAACUUCGAGGAGGCCCAGCGGGCAUGCAGGAGUGACGGAGGAGACCUGCUCAGCAUCGAAUCACCGGCUGAGCAGAGUCUCAUUGAGGGCUUUAUUCAGGACCUGAAAGCUUCAGAUGGUGACUUUUGGAUCGGUCUACGCAGAGAGCCAAACUAUGAGGAGAGCAGCAUUGACUGCGAUUCUCGGUACUACUGGCUGGAUGGCAGUCGAUCAAAUUUCAGGAACUGGCACACGGAUGAGCCCUCCUGUGGUUACGAGGUGUGUGUGGUGAUGUACCACCAACCAUCAGCGUCUUCAGAUGAGGGAAACAGGUACAUGUUCCAGUGGAAUGACGACAACUGUGAGACGAAGAACAAUUUCAUCUGCAAGUAUACCAAAGGUUAUGUCAAACAUCCACCAUACAAGUCCCUGUUUUCAGACGUCUUUACGACAACGACGACAACAGAAGCAGCCAAGAACCCCUCAGUGACGGGUCACGAUGAUGAUAUGAGCGUUGUGGUUGCUAAACCUACAGAUGAUGUAAUGAACAUCGUUUACAUUGUUCUCCCUACAAUACCUCUACUGCUGCUCCUGAUCGUAGCAAAUGGAGUUUUCUGCUUCAAGCUGUUUACAAAAAAGAGAAGAAACCAAACAGAGACUCCUGCAGAUAAGCAUGGAACCUGGGCCCCAGGAGAGCGAUGCGACAGCCCAAGUCCAGAUGUGUACAACGUGAUCCGAAGGCAGCACGAGACCGACCUGAAUGACACCCGGCCUCACACCAAGAACACCUCGUUCCUGGGCUCCUCCCCAGACACACCGACCGACGAGUAUGACAAUCUGGGAGGCCAAGACACUGAGAGUGGGUUUGUCACGCUGGCCAGCACGGAGAGUGGCUUCGUCACCAAUGAGAUCUACGAGUCGUACCAGAACCAUUCCAGCACCAGGUACCACAGACAACACAGCUGGCUGGAUAACGAGCUCUACAGCUACUGAACUUUGUGUUAUCAGAAAAUUUGUGAUGAAACAAGCCUCAGGUCUUGGAUAUCCUCAGACAUUUCAAACAAUUCAGUUGGAAAUCAAAGACUGAUUACUUUUGUCUGCAUAAACGGGCACCGUUCUGACAGACAACAGUGAGAUUGUCUUCUUGUAAUCAGUUGAGCAUAAUUUCUGAUUUAGUCUCCUAUGGUAGGCAACGACCAAAAAAAAAAGGCUCAGAGUCUCAGAUAAUCCAAGAUAAUGAUCUGCUCCCUGUUUCUGGAAAUACAAAAGACAUUUCAGAAGAUCAAGAUACUUGAUCAAGUGUGCACCCCUGUAUUCGCAUGGAAUGACUGUUAAAACGUGAAAAAUGACAUCGAUGUGACUUCUUUAAAGAUUUGCUUGAGAAAUUCUUAUUUCCUCUCACUGACUUACAGACUUUUUACAGACUUUUUAAGGCUAUGCAUUAUAAAAUAUAUGUACUGUCUGGUUUUUUUCUCUCUUUUACUGGUUGGGUUCACAGAAGUUGAUGUCAACUGAAGGCCCUUUGAAUUGUCCAUGUCUCCUAGAGAAACUAGCGGCAACUGUUCAAUUAAAUCAACGUAAUGGUAUUCAUACUUAGUGCAUAAAAUUGUUCUGUAUGUGCUUGUGCCUCAUCGUGUUGGGUUUGCAUGGCCUGGUUAUGCUGCUUUGCAUAUUCUUAGCAUUGGCCUUAAGCAUUAAAAUAUGAUCUUAUGAUGCUGACUUGUCAACCUGAAACUGGAACUAAAUAAAAGUCUUGCCUUUUCUGUCA